AUGUGGGACGAAGUCAAACAUUUGUGCUUCUUAUUUUUACUUUUUAAAGGUUUAGGAAGAUGCCAAGCCGACGAGAAUGAAGUAAGACUAAUGAGAUAUCUUAUGACAGAUUACGAUGCGGCUGUCAGACCAGCACAAAAUUCUUCCUUGCCACUCACUGUUAUAUUCGGAAUAUCUCUACAUCACAUAAUUGAUGUGGACGAGAAGAACCAAAUCCUCACAACAAAUUGCUGGAUUACCCAAAUCUGGGUCGAUCAUCAUCUCAGAUGGAAUGUCUCCGAAUUCGCUGGAAUCAAAGUGAUAAGGAUACCCUACAACAGAGUUUGGAGGCCAGAUUUGAUUCUGUAUAAUAAUGCGGAUCCCCAAUUUCAGUCUUCCGUCAUCAACACCAAUGUCAUCGUUUCCAAUACUGGAGAAGUUGUUUGGCUUAGUCACGGCAUCUACAGAUCAUCAUGCGACAUCAAUGUGGAGUACUUUCCAUUCGAUCUCCAGAGUUGCCAGAUGAAAUGGGCUUCUUGGACAUACGACGGAUACCAGGUGGAGCUAGUGAAGCAAACAGAAGAAGGAGACGUCAGCAACUAUCAAGCUAAUGGCGAAUUCGAUUUGUUAGGUUUCUCCUCCGUCAAACACAUCGAAUUUUAUUCGUGUUGUCCUGAACCUUAUCCCGAUAUCACCUAUACCAUUCAACUGAGAAGGCGACCUCUAUUCUACGUAUUCAAUUUGAUAUUACCUUGUAUAUUGAUAAAUGGAAUAGCUUUACUUGUUUUCUACGUCCCUUCAGAAUCUGGAGAGAAGGUAACACUGGGGAUAAGUGCUCUUCUAUCGAUGACCGUGUUCUUGAUGACAAUUAGAGAGACUCUGCCACCUACAGAAAAAACACCACUCAUCAGUAUGUAUUACGGAGUCAGCAUUUGUUUGGUGUCUUUCGCUUCAGGCCUAUCCGUGGUAACACUCAAUAUCUAUCAUAGGGGUGUUAGAGGCGAUGCAGUGCCAGGGAUUCUGAGGAACAUCGUGUUGGAGAAACUUGCGCCUCUGGUGUUCAUGAAGUUCGAAAAUAAUCGACUCCGAAAUACACAGGAAAUAAAUCCUCAAACAGGUACAAGACUCGACUGUCCCUGGCCAUUGACGGAUAAACGUGCACAUGGACAAGAAGAUGGAUAUUGCCUUCAACAGCGCCAACAGAGGUCGCCAAGAUUUUUACAGAGAUCCAGAGACCAUGAUUUAGAGAUGUUCGAGAACCAGAUCAUGCACAUCCUGAACAAGGUGCACGCCAGUAUCGGAAAGAACGAGCAGCGGCUGCUGGAGCAGGACAGGCGCGAGCUAACGGAGCUCGAGUGGAAGCAGACCUCGAUCGUGCUGGACAGGGUGUUGCUGGGGAUCUUCCUGCUCAUCACCAUCAUCAGCACCAUGGGGCCUUCGGGCUAUCUGCCUCCACACCGCGACCUUUUCAGAUCUAUUGUGUCUGCCCUCAGAAUCGAUUAG